AUGGCGGGCAAAGAGUCAAAUGCCAAAUUAGAAAAAACUAUAAUGGCGCCGAUUCGUCGGAAUGUGCUGUUCCAGUUGAACGGUAAUUGGUGCAUUGUCAUCAGCGUCGCGAUCGCGGUAGAUCACUUUGACGGUAGAGAUUUUGCUGUGGUUUUUACCGGCAUGCGUGACACAGCGUUGUCGUUAGCAUCGGAAUCGGUCCUUGUGAGAGUUAGGUCGGCAUUCACAGUUUCAGCUGGAGUUUUGACCAGCAGCGUGUCUUGCUAUGAGGCGGUGUCGAGUGACGGCCACGCUGUGAUGGAAAACUCUUUGGUUGUGAGCAUGGAAAUAAACGGCACAAUGUACCAAGGAGUUCUUUUCGCUCAACCUUCGAUCCGACUUCCCACGGUUGGCGGUCACUGA